CGCCCAUCAGAAACCCUAGUUUUUCAUUUGCACUCCGAUCAGCUGGUCGGACUGAGGUCGUCACCGGCGGAAAAUCAUGGUCCACGUCUGCUUUUACCGCAACUAUGGCAAGACUUUUAAGAAGCCGCGUCGCCCCUACGAGAAGGAACGAUUGGACGCCGAGUUGAAACUGGUCGGAGAGUACGGCCUAAGGUGCAAGAGAGAGCUUUGGAGGGUACAGUAUGCACUGAGCCGUAUAAGGAAUAAUGCCAGGAAUCUUUUGACUCUCGACGAGAAAGACCCUCGUCGUAUUUUCGAGGGCGAAGCCCUUAUGAGGAGGAUGAACAAGUACGCACUGCUAGACGAGAGCCAGAACAAGCUCGAUUACGUCUUGGCACUCACUGUUGAGAACUUUCUCGAGCGCCGCCUGCAAACUCUUGUUUUCAAGGCUGGUAUGGCUAAGUCCAUCCACCAUGCUCGAGUUCUUAUCAGGCAAAGACAUAUCAGGGUUGGAAGGCAAGUUGUAAACGUGCCCUCGUUCAUGGUAAGGGUGGAUUCUCAGAAGCACAUUGACUUCUCCCUAACAAGUCCGUUUGGUGGGGGCCGCCCCGGUAGAGUGAAGAGAAGGAACCAGAAGUCAGCUUCAAAGAAGGCUUCUGGUGGUGAUGGAGACGAGGAUGAAGAGGAGUGAAAAUCUUAAUUAGUCGAUGAUUAUUCAUACAAUUGCUUGCUAAGUAGAAUUAUGGUUUUGUCUCUGAUGCUACCUCAUGUAGUGCUCGUGUCUCAUAUAAAUUAUUAGCGGUUUUGGUUGAGAUAUUUCGAUAAUUAGGAACAUUUCAGAUUUGUCAUUUUUAUUUUUCGUUAUAUUUAUGUUUAAGUUGGACUCUUGAAUCUUAUUAUACGAAAAAUGUUGAAGUUGGAUGAGUAUAA